AUACAUAAGCGUCUGCACCAUGCCAGAGCAGCGGCGCCAGGGAGUCACUCACUGGCACUUGCACGGUGAGCAGGGACUGAGGGGCGGAGAUGGUGAGUGACUUGCUUCAGUCGCUCCUGUAAGUGUGGUGUACAGAUGCUCGGCCACGGUCUGGUGUAGUGUCCCAUUCUAGUGGCGAGAAUGUAGUGAAUAUGUGACAGUGUUUAGUGAACGGUCAAGGGGAGGUAUAGUGGUGAGAGGGAGCGUGAUCAACUCACAUCCCUGCCCAAGAAGGACCCAGGCGUGCACUUCCGCUGCGUCACAGUGCACGCAUGGCAGCAGCGGCGCCCGAGGAAGGCGAUGAGAGUCAGUGCGAGCCUCAGCCUCCUGACGGCGGCUGGGGAUGGGUGGUGGCUGCAGGAGUGUUCCUUAUUGCUCUGGUGGUGCCCAUGCUGCUGCCCUCCUUCGGCAUCCUGUUCUCGCAACAGUUGCUGGAGUGGCGCACCUCCUCCACCACCAUCGCUGUCAUCUUCAACACCUUCCUGGUGGUGUGGCGCUUGGCAGGGGUUGUGAUGGGUACCCUCGCCAAGGAGUUUGGCUUCCGGAAGGUGGCCGUGACAGGGACGCUCCUCACCGCCACCUCUCUCACACUCAGUGCCUUCGCCGCCUCCCCCACCCACCUUCUCAUCACCUUCUCACUCGGCUGCGGACUCGGCAACGGGCUCUCCUGCGUCGGCUAUCUCAUUCUAGCUCAUUACUUCAAGGAGAGACGCGGCCGCGCCACUGCUUGUCUGGUGGCCGGGGCGGGGCUCGGUCACUUUAUCAGUCCCCUCGUCAUCCGCCUUCUGCAGGAGGAAUACGGGAUGCGGGGCGCCACAAUGGUCCUGGGCGGCAUCACCUUGCAUGCAGUGGUGGGGGCCUGUGUGUUCCAGCCCGUCGAGUGGCACUGGAAGAAGCCAAAAAAAGACAUCGCAGUGGAGGACGCCGUGGCCUUCUCGUCCCUGCUGCCCUCACACGCCAAGACCAGAGAACCAAAGACAGCGGAGGUGAAGGUCGCCAAUGACAGUACAGAGAACACAGACGACCCACUGUGUGUGGCGCCCUCGCACAGACGAGUAUCCCAGAGCUACAGUACUGCGGCUAGGGAAGACAAUCCGCUCCCCGUCCACACUGUGGUCAUUGUGGCCAAGACAGAGGCUCCCACUGCGACUUCUACAGUGUGGAGGGACAGGAGUGGUGCAUGUGGUGUAUGCAGGACGUUGGGCCGCGUAGCGCGGUCCGUGAUGAGAGACAUGCGCGUGUUGCGGAAGCCCACGUGCCUCAUUAUCGGCCUGGCGUCUUCUCUCAUCAUUAACGCGGAGGCAAACUUCCUGGUGAUGGUUCCCUUCGCCCUCCAGGCAGCAGGACACCCGCUCCAGACAGCUGCAUGGUGCUUGUCUAUCGCUGGGAUGAGUAAUCUCUUCACGAGGUUGUGUGUGUCAGCACUCUCCGAUCUGCCGUGGUUUAACAUGCAGCUGUGCUACAUGGCAGGCAUGGCCGUCAUGGCAGCCUCCGUCUUGGCGUUCACCUUCCAGAUGGGCGCUGUGUGGUAUGCGGCAGUGAUGGGCGUGUGGGGGUGUGCCGCGGGGAUGUUCUACGGCCUCAACAAUCUUCUCAUGACGCGAGUGGUCGGUCUUCGCUACCUCAUCUCCGUUUACGGCGCCAGGAACCUCCUUGGAGCGCUCGGCUUCUUUAUUGUAGGCCCCGUGGUGGGUGUGAUCCGUGACGCCAGCGGCUGCUACUCCGUAAGCAUGUGGGUCCUGGCGAGCCUCAUGAGCUUCAGCUUCUUCUUGUGGCUCCUCAUGCCCGCUGCACAGGCCUACGAAAACCGCCAGGAGCCCCAAGAGAGAAGCAGCACACACCGCCAGGCGACCUACUAAUGCACUACAUUUUCCCGUGUGGAGGUGGUGGGUGAGACAGUAGUACAAGACUUAGUGGUAGUGGUAGUGGUAGUGGUGGUGAUGGUGGUGGUGGUGGUGGUGGUUAUAGUGACGGCGGCGGUGGCGAUGGUAAUGGUGCCGCGAUUAAAGUCAUUGUCUCUUAACCAUCACUCAUUUGUGGCGACAAUGAAGUUCGUCCUCAUGUUUUUGCCUGGCUACUCGUCCAUCCGGUGCGGCCCGCCCCGCAGGUGUGGCAAGGACAGCACAGCCGCAGCCUAGUUCCGAUCCAGCCUGCAAACAUUUACCAUGUGAGCCGCGUGCCCUUGGGUACUAUGACCCUUUGUGUUUGUGUGUUCUUGAGUCAUGCAGGCAGGUGAAGUGAACGGCAGAUUCGGCCAAGGAUACUCAUUCUCAAGACUUGCGCUUUGUCCGUCCCUCCCUCUCUGUCUUCCAGUAAUUCACUCGCUCCUUCCUUCCCAGAACACAUACUCUCCUUCCCUUCUCACGUCACAUUCUGUUUCUCUCCCUUACGGAAUGCACGAAUCCACCUUCGCUUCCUUCCUCACUCGCGUCUUUCCUCUUCCCGCCUCACAACACGUACACGUGCCCUCACUCCGCUUCUCACAAUGCACAGUCCUUUCCUUCCCUACUACUGAAGAUCUCCACCACCACCUCCUCCUCCGGGCAUAUAUCGCAUGCCCCUCCGCACGGCGCUGAGUCUUUGGACCAUUACACGGGUCAACGGCUAUCUGCAGCCGUUUUCGCAAGGUCCGGCCACGGCCCGUUAGCGCGGACACUUCUAUCGGUAGUGCAGAUUAACUAAUGCUAAAUUUAUUCAUUUAUGAAAUAUUAACAGGUUCUCAAUUAUGGAAAAUAAAUAAAUAAAUAGCAAUA